AUGAACUAUGUUUUUCAAUGUGCGCUGCCACCUGAAAUAACGUUGGGUCAUUACCUUUUGCAUCGGCUGAGACAGCUAGGAGUACACACGAUAUUCGGACUACCUGGUGAGUUCAAUAUGCCUCUUCUCGAUAAAAUGUACAGCGUACCACAGAUGGUAUGGGCCGGAAACACUAACGAGCUGAACGCUGCGUAUGCAGCAGACGGUUAUUCACGCAUCAAAAGGCUUGGGUGUUUGGUGACGACUUUUGGUGUUGGCGAGCUUUCGGCAUUGAAUGGUAUAGCCGGAUCGUACGCGGAACACGUAGGUAUCGUUCAUGUUGUGGGGAUGCCACCGUUGUCGGCUCAAGUCAAACAGCUGUUAUUACAUCAUACACUGGGCAAUGGGGACUUCAAAGUGUUUUACAGAAUUGGAAGUGACGUUGCAGAAUACACAACGGUCCUCAAUGACUCAGAAACAAUUGCAGAAGAAGUCAACAAAGCCCUCACAAUCGCUUAUACCAGACAGAGACCCGUUUACAUUGGGAUCCCAGUGAACAUGAUUAAUAUGACCGUUAAAUCAUCUCUACUGAAUAACCCGCUCGAUCUAGGCCCGUCAGUACGUAAUGGGGACGUCGAAAAUCAAUUCAUAGAUGCGGUCCUGGAUGCGAUGUACAGAAGUGAAAAUCCAGCAAUCAUUGCAGACGCCUGCGUUUCACGGCAUGGGUUAGUGGAAGAAAUGCGACGAUUGGUAGAUUUAACAGGGUUUCCAGUUUUUUGUACGCCAAUGGGGAAAGGGUCUAUUGACGAGCAGCAUCCGCGCUUUGGAGGAACAUUUCUGGGCUCUAUCUCGUCCCCGCAGGUCCGGGAAGUAGUGGAUUUCAGCGAUUUCAUACUAGUGGUCGGUGCGCUCUUGUCUGAUUUCAGCACGAGUUCAUUUCACUUUGCAUACAGGACAAAAAAUACAAUUCUGCUUUUCUCCAACCACGCCAAGCUUAAAAAUGCCACGUAUCCUGACCUGGAGCUGAAGGCGGUGUUAGAAGUACUACUAGCCAGGCUAGAUCCUACCAAGAUACGAUACAGGCCGCAAGAAUUCUCAGACGUAUUGAAGCCCAAGUUGAAGCUAAUGAAUAACGUGCCGCUACGCCAAGAGUGGAUAUGGAGCCAAUUGACAUCUUGGUUCAAUCCAGGAGACAUAGUCAUCACAGAAACUGGUACGUCUGCGUUUGGUAUAAAUCAGAGCAAGUUUCCUAGUAGGACCAGGUGUAUUUCACAGGCGCUCUGGGGAUCGGUAGGAUAUUCUAUUGGCGCAUGUUUGGGGGCCUCUUUUGCUGCUCGGGAGGAGGGCAGCGAUCCGCGUGUUAUUUUAUUUGUUGGUGACGGUGCAUUACAAUUGACGGUUCAGGAGAUCUCCACAAUGAUCCGUUGGGGGUUGAAACCUAUAAUUUUUCUAAUGAACAAUAGUGGAUACACUAUUGAUAGACUUUUGCAUAAAAAAUCCAAUGCUGGUUAUCAUGAUAUUCAAUCGUGGGAUUACUUAAGAAUCCUCUCCACCUUUGGAGCCUCCCACUACGAUACGCGUAAAGUGAGGACAGUAGGGGAUUUUUUGGCGCUAAUGACAGACUCAGCUUUUGCUGUUAAUGAUAAAAUCAAGAUGGUGGAGGUGGUGUUACCACCUAUGGAUGCACCACCUGCUUUAAUGGAGAAAUGGCUCUUGGAGGACAAGAUAUCCGGAGCGCAAGAUGACGGUACAGACGACUCUUUAGCAGAGGAGCCUUCGUUGAAAAGAGUGAAAUUGGGUGAGGGCUUAGGUCUCGAUUUUGACGACCUGGAUGAUAAUGUGAGUUCCGAAUAA